AUGCCGUGGGGGUGUCUCCGGCUGCGGGAGGAGAAGAACUACAACUCCGUGGGCGACAUCACGGACAAGUACGAGAUCGGGGAGCUGCUGAGCGCGAAGGAGUUCUGUGAGCUGUGCCUGGCCCGCGAGCGCCGGACCGACCGGCUCGUCGUCUGCAAGCGGUUCCGGAAGAAGGACGGCAGGAAGGUUCGCCAGGCAGCCCGGAACGAGAUCCUCAUCCUGAAGAUGGUGAGUCACCCCAACAUCCUCCAGCUGAUUGACACCUUUGAGACACGCAGGGAAUUUUACAUCAUCCAGGAGCUGGCGACGGGCGGGGACGUGUUCGACUGGAUUCUGGACCUGGGCUGCUACACGGAGCGAGAUGCCAGCAGCCUGAUCCGGCAGGUGCUCGAGGCCCUGGCCUAUCUGCACAGCCUGCACAUCGUGCACCGCAACCUCAAGCUGGAGAACCUGGUCUAUCACACCCAGCAAAGCCGCGCCAAGGUUGUGCUCCGGGAUUUCUACCUGUCGCGCUUCGAGAACGGAGCCAUCACUGAGCCCUGCGGGACGCCUGAGUACCUGGCCCCCGAGGUCAUCGCCCGCCAGCGGUAUGGGCGCCCCGUGGACUGCUGGGCCGUGGGGGUCAUCCUCUUCAUCCUGCUGUCGGGGAACCCCCCGUUCUACGCCGAGGCGGAGCAGGAGUCUGCCCGGGGCCAGGACCGGCAGCUCUUCCGUCAGAUCCUAGCCGGGGAAUACAGCUUCGACCCGCCCUACUGGGACGAGAUCUCCCCCGCCGCCAAGAAGCUGGUGUCGCAGCUGCUGGAGGUGGAUCAGGACCAGAGGAUCACGGCGCAGGAGGCCCUGGGACACGUCUGGAUCGCGGGCAACGUGGCUUCGGAAAAGAACCUCAAGGAGGGGGUCUGUGCCCAGAUCGAGAAGAACUUUGCCAAAGCCAAAUGGCGGAAGGCCAUUCGAGUCACAACCUUCAUGCAGCGGCUCCGCGCCCUGGAGCCUGGCGUCCACCCCCCCAUGUCGGCCCCCGAGGUGACGGUGGAGGAGCCCCGCCCCACAGAACCCCCCACCACGGAGCGACCGAGUGAGCCAGCGGGGCCCACGGAAGAAAAGACGCAAUAA